UUUCUUUUUAUAAUAAACACGUGUAAGAAAAAUUCCAAAAACGUUCACGGCAGUGAACUUCCAAAAUUGGGAUAGGUGAGAAUUUUAAGGUGAACAUUUUUGGAAUUUUUAAAAAAUUAGAAAGUGAACAGUUUCCAACUGGUAAAGGCUUUUCCUGCGCGAUUUUUUUUUAAAUUUUUGGAUUUAAGGAGGCUGGUCUGAGAUACAAAAAAAAGAGGAUAUUUUUGUAAUUUUCUUUUAAGAGUUUCUUUAUUAAAAUUCUUAAAAUUUGUGACAUUAUUAAGCAUCAUUCCAAGAAUAUUCUGAUAAAUUUUCGGAAAAAAAUAUUGAGAAAUAAGCCAGUGGUAGUGGGGAGAGACGAGUCACUAAAAAAAGUCUCCAUAGGCAGGAUAACUCAUGACUGCUUCAUCUGAAAUCAAAAAACCAAAAAGAUUUCUUUAGUACAUCAGUUUAUCUUGGAUUUGAACGAAGGAUUUUAUUUUUUCAAUAACUACUUAUUUUUUAAUUAAACAAAAGGAAGAAUUUUUGGGAAAAAUCCGAGUUUUUUUAUUGCACCUUUACCAAAACUUCAAAAAUGAAUAUUUUGUUUAUUCCUUCGUUCAAAUUCAAAAUAAACUUAUGUACUAAAGAAAUCUUUUUGGUUUUUUGAUUUUCAAUGAAGCAGUCGUGAGUUAUCCCGCCUACGGCGUAGACUUUUUUUAGUGCUCGUCUCUCCCCACUACCACUGGCUUAUUUUUCAAUAUUUUUUUAUGAAAAUUUAGCAGAAUAUUCUUGGAACGAUGCUUAAUAAUGUCACAAAUUUUGAAAAUUUUAAUAAAGAAGGUACUCUGGAAAAAAAAAUCACAAAAAUAUGUUUUUGUUUUGUAUCUCAGACCAGCUUCUCUCUGUAAAGAACAUUAAAAAAAAAAAAAGGAAUUAAUGAGGAGUUAUGAACAUUUACGACCCUGUAAAAAAAAUUCUAAAAAAGUUCGACAUGCAGAACUUUUAAACUUGAGACGGAUUAGAACUUCAAGUGGAACUUUUUGAGAUAUAUCUCAAAACGUAUUUUUACUACUUUUACCCUAGUUCCGACAAAGUUAGAAUUAAAAAUUAAUGGCCUCAAAAGAAUCAAUAAACGGUCAUAAUAAAUUUCAAAUUAGAUUUUUUUGAACUUUUCAAAAGCAGAAAUACGUUUAAUAAAAAUUUUUACGCCAUAAACUUUUUUUUUACUAUAAAAAUUACAAAUGUUCCACUUAAAAUUCCAAUCUGUUUAAAGUUUACAUGUUCCACAUGUCGAACUUUUUCGGAAUUUUUUUGAAACGAAUUUUUUUACACGGGGACUCUUAUCGAAAUUAUUCAGGUAUGAGGUAAAAAAAAAAAUAAAAAUUAUUUGAAAAUAUUUAUCAACAUUUUUUGACUUUUGUUAAAACUUUUUGGGUCAGUUUUUUUUCACUUUUCGUAGUCGUUCAAAAAAUGAGUAUUUGGAACUAAUUAUGAACUCACAAAAUUUGUAAUUCAAAUCAUUUUUGCUUAAAAAAUUCAAAAAAAAAAUAUAAACCCUCAAGAAAAUUCCACACCAGUUAAAAAUUUUUCUCACUUCUAUUUAUUUUCUAGUUCCAAAAAUGUUCAAUUCAAAGUUCAGAACUAUUUCAAUUUUUGAAGUUCACUGACAUGAUUAUUUUUGUACCGAAUGUUUUUUUUUACCCGGGAAUAUAUAAAUAAAUAAAUUGUACAGUAACAAUAAAAUAUUUAAGUAAAAGUAUUUGAUAUUUGUAAAAUCGAUUUUUCCAGUAACGCGUGCGCGUAUUGAGUUUCCUGAUGACUCUGUAAUAUAUAAAAUAUAUUUACUAUCCAUAAAGGAUCCGUGACAUCAAGAACUCAAUAUAAAUUUAUAAAAUAAAUAAUUUAUGUACUUAAUAACUGUAACAUAAAUAUAAAUAUAAAUGUAAAUAAUUAUUACAAUUAUUUAUUCUGUGAAUAAGUGUUUAAAAAUAAAGGUCAUUGAUGAAUUAUUCAAAUAAUUAUUUAAAAGUGUUUAGUUUUAUUUUAUAAAAAAAUGAUUACUAAAACUAUCGCUGCCGUUAUAUUAAUCUAAUGACAUUUAAUUGGUUAUUUAGAUACGCAAAUAAUUUAUCUAUUUAGAACAACGAAGUACUAUAACAUGCCGCCACUAAUCGUGAGUAACAAUAGAGUAUGAAGAGCAUCCAUAUGCUCAAUGGCAAAUUCUCAGUCGUUUUUUGAUGUACCAGUAACGUGGUGAUAAUGGUUACGAGAAUGGGGACACGAAGGUCAGGAUACAGUAUAAUCUCCGGUGGAUCCGGUUCAAAUACUGGCCGUUCAAAUUCCAAUGUCCUUAAGGAUCGAGCCAACAUGUCUUUUAUGUUGGUCGUAAUGUUCUUCGCAGUGUUCGGAAUAAUAGUACUGACAGAAAUAUUUUUAAUCGACGAAAAACGUAGCGGUAAUAGUAGAACGGGAGCAUUUGGUGGUCACCGAAGUGGACAUCGAUUAGCGUCAGCCCUAGAUCGCCCCGACUAUGAAGAAGUUGUUGCUGAUGACUAUGCAACUUUGAAAGGUGGUUUUGAUGCACAAAUAGGUUUACUUUUAAUGAACAAUAAUUUAGAAUCAAAAGCUGCUGAAGCAAUACCUUCAGACCCACGUGGUAUCUCUAGUUUACCACCCAGUGUGGAAGUUAGAUUGCCACCACUUGAUCCAAAUUUACAAAUUACUCACGCUGAGUGGCUCCCAGUUACAAACACGAGGUUCAAAUUUUUCGUUUACUCGGCGUAUUAUGACGACAGAGCUGUCGGUGGCCGUAAUGGCGGCAGUUCAAAUUCAAAUAUUAUGCAAUCAUCAAAAUUAAAAGGUAAAAUAACGUUAAAUAAAUCGCCCGGCUUAAUAAGAGUAAUCGGUGCAACGAAAACACGAACUCCCGAACGGGUUUGGUGUAGACUGUGGUAUCGUUUUGAACGAAAUAAUACAAAUGUCACAUUAUCAGUGACGGUGGCUGCUAAAAUAAAAGUUAUUAGAGAAAAUUGGAACUUAAAGUACAGCGCUUGUUUUGUAAUAUGCCAACUGCCUAAUGAAGCGCCUACGUUGUCAGAUUCAACAACGAUAUCAUUACCUGAAUCGGUAAGUGUUGUUGCAAAACUACGCACAUCACCAGCGAAUAGAAUUCUUAUACAAAAUCGUCCAGAGCAUCGGCCAAAAACACGCCAAGAUUUGGCUAUUUGUGUUAAGCCACUUCAUUAUGAUUACAAUCGAGUUUUACAAUUAAUAGAAUUCAUCGAGCUUCAUCGAAUACUUGGAGUAAAUCACGUAACUCUGUACAACGAUACUACUGGUACAGAAGCUGGAUGUGUUUUAAAGAAUUACGAAACUCGUGGAUUAGUGAGUUUUCUUCCUUGGCAUCAUCUUGACAUGAUAUCACAACGGGAAAUACGUACUGAAGGCCUGUUUGCUGCGCUUAAUGACUGUUUGUACCGUUCUAUGUAUAAAUACGAGUACGUCGCUCUUUUGGAUCUUGAUGAAUUUAUUGUCCCACGACACAAUGACACUAUUUUACAAUUGAUUCGAUGGAUAUCCAGUCGAGUGAAUCCAAAAACAAGCAGCGCAUUUUCAUUUCAAAAUGCAUUUUUUUACCUCCAAUGGCCUGAUGAUCCCUGGGUUACUGUCAGUAAAACACCAACAGAAGCUGGUCUAAUAACGCUCCGUAAAACACGACGCAAAUCAAAAUUACAUCCGCAUAAGCAACGUUCUAAGUAUAUUUGUAAGCCACGUGACAUAAUUGAAGCUGGUAAUCAUUUUGUUUGGGAAUUUUUGGCUGGUCAUGGGACACUAAAUGUACCCGCAGAUGCGGCAAUACUUCAUCACUACAGAGUUUGUGAAUUUGGUGGCAACGAUUGUGUCAAAACGCCAUCAAUUAUUGACAGGACUGCUUACAAGUAUCGUGACAAAUUAGCGGAUGCUGUGGAUAAAAUAUGGACCGAGCUCAACGACAAAUGUCAACUUCCUGAGCUUGAAGCAGUGCCUGCAUUGUCACCUCUUGUACCAAGUAGUCCAGACGAUAUACAAACGAGGUAGCAUUAUAGUUUAUAAAAAAAAAAAAAAAAGCUAUGAUAAUACUAAACAAUCUUUGUCGAUAUAAUUUUUACAAUUAUACCAAGCACGGUAUUUUAUUUUAUAUUUUUUAAUAAAAAUAUCAAUAAACAAAUUAUCAAUGGCAUUAAAGCAUAUCUAAAUAUAUUACAAAUUAUUAAUAGAAUGAUGGUAUGUAUGCAUGCGCUCAAACAUAUUUUAACAAAAUAAUUCAAAUUAAGGCCAUUCUCAGACAGUGCUCUCCACUUUUUCAAAUAUGCAAUGACUUUCAAUUGUAAUGACCGCAUUUAAAUUUUAUUAAUUAAUUAAUUUAAAAAGAAAAUUAAAGCAUUAAUUAAAAAAAGGACAGUGCUACAAUUCUACUCACAACAUCUCUACUCAAGAGAAGUAGCUACAACUCUACUCACUCACAACUUUACUCAGACUCGACUCUACUCACAAUUUUUUACUCAGGUUUAACUCUACUCAGUUAUAUCUUCACUCAACUACAACUCUACUCACUAAGAAUUGCUAUUUUAUCGAUAGGCUAAAGUUGUGAGUGAGUAGAGUUGUAGCUACUUUCCUUGAUUAGAGAUGUUGUGAGUAGAAUUGUAAAACUGCUGAAAAAAGGACAACGAAGUUGCAAUUUCGCUGAGAUAUAGAUAGUGAUGCAGAAUGACCAUCAUUUUGAGUUUCGGUCGCAAGUCAGCCCACUGACGGUCUGAUGGUCCUAAAUGAUGGACCUGUUCAAAUGCGAAAUGACCGUCACAAAUUUUUUGGUCAGAGUCUGUCGUUUCGGGCCGUCAAAAAAUUUGGCACAAAUUUGGUCAGUCAGAUCUAAGAUCAUUUGUGAUCGUCAUUAAAUUUUUGAUCAUAAAUUAACGCUUAGUCAAAAAUUUUGUCACUCACAACCAAUUAAAUGAUUGGACGCAAUAUUUUUUUUUAAAUGAUUGAAAAAUUUAUUUUUUCCUCCGUGUUCUUAUCUUGUGAUAUUUUUAAGAAAAUGGCGGUUUAAAAAUUUUAAUUUUUAUAAAAGUCAUGAAAGCGCUUGGAAGAUCAGACGCAUCACAAGAUAUGGAUUUUUAAGAAGACCUACGGGCUUAUCAAAUGCAUCACUAGGCAAAAUAAUUACUUCACUGCGCUAAAUUUAUCAUUAUGGACAUGUUUAAGAAAAAAUUUUUUUAAACAUGUUCACAAAUAUAUUUUUUUUUCUAUAUUUUGUUGUAAAAGUAACCUUGUAAUUGGCUGCGGCUGUUGGGUUUAUUGCUAAAUAAAUAAAUAAAUAAAAAAUUAACUUACCGUUGAUGUCAAUUGGAAGUUAAACGAAAUUCGUUAAAUAAAUUUCAUUUCAAUUUUAUAAUUGGAAUUUCCAGAUUCUCUAGGUUAAAAUUUAUUCAAAAAAUUUUGGUUAACUCCCAAUUGAUUACAGCUGUAAGUAAUUUUUUUUCAAUUCUACAUCUAGGCGACAGUGGAACUACAGUCGAACUUCAUUAACUCGAACAGUUAGCGGGAAUUUCUUAAAAUUUCCGAGUUAACGGAUGCCCUUUCUCCCUUUAAAUUUAAACUAUACUA